AAUUUAUUAAUAAUAUUAAUUAGUGUUUUUAAGAAAAAUUGUAAGAAUUGUUAAAAAAUUUCUCAACGAACAUAAUGAGCGCCUGCUAUAAACCAUUAUCACUGAGCAAAUAAUUCUUUGUAUGCAAUAUAUAUAUUAUUUUAUUGAAGGAAAAGUGCGUGCGUGACUAAAUGAACAUUUUUAAAUUUGCCGCCCGUCGUGCAUGCGCAUUUCUAAUGUCUAGCAACAUCGCUCACUUCACGAUGCAUCAUGUCGCGAUGCAAUGCCACCUUUAUUGCCAUCUACGACGCCGUCAGGUACAGCGAUUUAAAAAUUAAAGAACAAUGGUCAACAACGCAUCGCGGGGUGUACCCCGUAUUCAAGUUUUUAGACCCACUUAUGAGGAAUUCAAAGAUUUUACAAAGUAUAUAGAGUAUAUGGAAAGCAAAGGAGCUCAUAAAGCUGGAUUGGCUAAAGUUAUUCCACCUCCUGAAUGGAUACCAAGAAAAAGUGGUUACGACCUGAAUACCUUAGAUCUUACGAUUCCUGCACCUAUAUGCCAAGUUGUUACUGGAAAGCAAGGUCUUUAUCAACAAAUUAAUAUCCAAAAAAAGUCAAUGACGGUCAAAGAAUAUAGCAAGUUAGCUAACUCUGAUCGUUAUAAUACGCCUCGACAUUUUGAUUAUGAAGAUUUAGAGAGGAAAUAUUGGAAAAAUAUAACAUACGUAGCUCCCAUAUAUGGAGCAGAUGUAUCUGGUUCGUUAACUGAUCCAGAUGUAAAAGAAUGGAAUAUCAAUCAUUUAGGGACGAUAUUGGAUUACGUAAAUAAAGAUUAUGGUAUAUCUAUAGAUGGCGUUAAUACGGCGUAUCUAUACUUUGGAAUGUGGAAAACUACAUUCGCAUGGCAUACGGAAGAUAUGGAUCUUUAUUCGAUUAAUUAUCUGCAUUUUGGUGCACCAAAAACUUGGUACGCUAUACCACCGGAGCAUGGCCGCAGACUAGAGAGAUUAGCCAGUGGUUUCUUUCCAUCUAGUUAUCAAAGCUGUCAAGCCUUUUUACGUCAUAAAAUGUCAUUAAUAUCUCCACAAAUAUUAAGACAAUAUUCUAUUCCGUGUAAUAAGAUAACGCAAGAAGCAGGCGAAAUAAUGAUAACAUUUCCUUAUGGAUAUCAUGCUGGUUUUAAUCAUGGUUUCAAUUGUGCAGAGUCAACAAACUUUGCUGCACCCAGAUGGGUAGAAUAUGGCAAACGAGCUACUCAAUGCACAUGCAGUAAAGAUAUGGUUAAAAUAUCAAUGGAUACAUUUGUCAAGCGCUUUCAACCGGAAAGAUACGAAUUGUGGCUUCGCGGUGAAGACAUUGGUCCUCAUCCAGAGGAUCCUAGACAAACGGCAGCGCCUAUGCCCUCUCAGAUGGAUUUAUUGUGUAGUAACAGCAGUAAUGGACAGUUACCACAAAGUUAUUUAAAUGCUGCUCCUAAAAAUAAGAGACAUACCAUUCAUAAGAAGAAAAAUAUAAUUGGCACCAAUCCUGACGUUGAUAUGGCCGAAUUAGUUAAUCGUUCAGACAUUCCGGCGGAUUUAAAGAAAGCUUUACAAGAUCUCGAAUUUGAGGAUGGUGACGAUCAACCAGACGAACAACAAUUGGAAGUAUUGGAAGACAUUUGGCUUAAGGCAGGUGAAAUGGAUGUCAAUGAAGCAACUGUCUAUGAUGAUGGCUAUAAUCGUAAAAAAGGUAGAAAAAGAAAGAAGAAGCAAAGUGGUAACGAAAAAGAGAAAAAGGAUCAGAAGACAAAGAAAAAUUCUGGCAAAUUGAUUAGUCCAAAAAGCACAGACGAUAUGCUUUUGAUUAGAUCAGAAUCAGAAUUGAUUUCUGCAGGUUCUAAUCAAGAAUCAAUUGAUCAACAGAAUUUAUUAAAUCAAGACAAUUUACUUCAAACCAAUAUUAAUGUCGCAUCAGAAAGUAAUAGUAAUACAUUGAUCUCUCAAUUGUCAAGCGAUGGAUCUAAUUUAUUGGAAACUACUAAUAAAUCGUCUCCUAAGAAAAGGAAAAAACAUUCUAAGACUCCAGAACAUAAGAUAAAGCAGAAAAAUACUUCUAAAAGUAAGCGUAAACAUACAAACAUACCUUUGUUUGUUCCUAAUGAGCCGUUAGAUGUUUCUGAUGCUGAUGUACAACGCAAGCUAAUAGCAAUGCCAAGUCUUAGCCCUCAUAAAGCAUCUACUAUGAAAGAUAUUUCUAAUAAUCAAAGGAAAAUUAACCUAUUACCAGGAAAUAUUAUUUCUGUUGGAAAUGAAUUUAGUAUGACCACCAUGAAGGAUAAAACAGUAGUAAAUAUUACCAAUAGUGGACAGAUAAUACAUUCUUCUUACGAAGACGAAAAGCAAAUUGAUAGUCCUAUAAACAUUGAUAUGCAAGAGAAACAAUGCUCUCUCAUAAAGAAUACCAAAAAGGCAAAUACAAAGCUUAUUUAUAAAUCAACAUUCCCUAAUAUAAACAUAUUAAAAAAUAUUGCUGUACAAAAUAAACAAAAUGAUGAAAGUGCAGGUAUAAAACUUUUAAAUGAGGAUUCAAAAUUAUAUACUCAAGAUACCAAGAUGAUCAGUGGUACGUCUUACAAAAGUGUUGGAAUGGUACAAACAGAAAGAUGUAUUACAAAUUACACAAGGAAGGAUAUAAUAAAGGCACCUAGACUGAUGCAUUUAGAUCUGUCCAAUACCAAAGUAAUAUCAAAAGUAGAAAUCGAUGAUACCGUUAAAGUCGAGAAAGGGCUACAUGUUGCUCCUAAUUUGGUAAUGUUAUCCAAAGAUGAUGUCCAAGAUACAAAGCAAGAUACGAAGCGCAUUAUGUUUUUGCCAAAUACAUCAUUUAACACUGAUCCACCAAUAUUACAAAGUGAAGUUAUUGACAAAGAGACAGUGAUACAAAAUCCUUCAUCGACAUUUACUAUUCAAACUCAAGGUAAUACAGGUAUGUGUAAUUAUUUUCCAAAAAGUACAAUUUUAUCACAAUCACUUUGUAAAAGUAAUAUCAGCGGAAAGAAAGGUGUAGAAUUUAAAUCAAUUAAUGAUUCAAAUAAUAAAGAGAUGACAAAAAAUUUCUGGAAAAUUCCAUAUAAUAACAGUAUUUUCUUAUCAAAUGACGAGUGUAAUAGACCAUUUAAAUUAUCUAUAGCAAAUACAAAAGGAGGAGGUGGCAUAUUGAAUACUUGUACAAAUAUUCAAAUAGGUCCCGCAACAACUGCAACCUUUACAACUAAGCUAAAAAAAUUAUCAGACUCAAAUACAGUCUUACUAGCUGCACCUCCUCCUAAUCCAUUGACCUCACAAUGCUCGAAGAUUACUCUAAGUUCUCCGAUUCAAUUGAGCACAAUGGAACCAAGUAAAUCCACCUUACAUAGUAAUGAUAAUUCAUCAACAAAUUUUGCACCUUUAACGAGAAUUUUACCAUCGUCGGAACAAAUAGUUUCAAAAAAUUCUUUAAUCAUCCGAAAAAUUGAUAAAGAUCAAGAAACUUGCAGAAAAUCAAUAAAACGUACAAGUGCAAAGUCAUUGCUUAAUUGUACAGCAAAAAAGAUUGACGUAUCACCUGAUUUAGAUACAAAACAAGCUAGUACAAGUGUAUUGGUUGAGAAGGUCGAAGGUAAUACGCCAUAUAGUUUAAAUUAUCAUUUUAACAAUUUACAAAAUCAGCAGAGAGCUAUUAUGACACCUUUGAUAAAGCAAGAGGACAAAUACUUUAAUGUGUCUAAAUCUCAACGGCAAAGUAUAGAAACAAAUUCUAACAAUAAAUACUUGAAAAUGCCAGAAUUAAAACCUAUUAAGUCACCCGUAGCCAGAAGGAAAUCCAAAGAGAAGCUUAAAAAAGCUACAACAAGGAAAAAACAGCUUCUCCAAUCGACAAUUAUAUCGGAAGAAAAAAGUUCUUCCAGUUCACAUCCGGCUUUAACUAUACCUGGUCAUAUUUCUGAUAUGUUAAAUCCAAAUAUUCCAAGCAAUGACCUAAUGAAAGCCUUCAAUGAUUAUUGGAGUGCUCAAAUUUCACAUUGUGCAAUUUGUGCAACUUUUGCUUCCACUCGUUGUGGAAAUAGUCAGUUAAUGCCACCUGAUUGGAAAUAUUGUAAACCCACUAUUCUACCUGAAAGUUCUCCAAUAUGGGUAUCAGCAACACUUUUUGCUGUAAAUUCAAAGGAACAAGCUAUUGAAUCGGAAAAUGACAAACUAUUGAGAUGUCGUGAAUGUCAUGUAACAGUUCAUGCUUCCUGUUAUGGAAUUACUAUCUUGCCCACUGAUGCAUCAAAUUGGGCAUGCGAUAAAUGUAAGGCUGGUAAAACUGACGUGAUGUGCUGUUUAUGCCCUAUGCGUGGAGGUGCUGUAAAACGUACGAGCGAUGGCGGUUGGGCACACAUUUUGUGUGCUCUGAUAUUACCAGGUGUAACGUUUAAAGAUGCUAUUAAUAAAGAUCCUAUUAAUGUAUUGACAAUUAGAACAGAUAUCUUAAAACAACAAUGUUGUUAUUGCGGGCACAGCGAUGGCGCUUGCCUCAGUUGUUCCCAAUGUAAUAAUUUGUUUCACCCUUCGUGUGGACUUGUGGCAGGUGCUACUUUUGUAAUACCAGUAUACAAUAGUCAAGAACUGCAGGUGACUUGCCAUGGCCAUGACGAAGGUAAGGAAAAAAUUCUUGUCAUUCGUCAGGGCGAAACAGUAUGGGCGAAACAUCGGAAUUCAAGAUAUUAUAAAGCAAAAGUAGAGUCUAUAAAAGAUACACUUUUCUAUAUGGUCACUUUCAGUGACAACAGUUUUAGCGAUGAUUUAUAUCCUUUGGAUAUAAUUAAUUAUGAUCCUGGAAAACCGCCUCAGAUUGGUGCGGCUGUUACUGUUAAUUGGACAGACGGUGAAGUGUACGAUGGUACUUUUGAGGGCACUAAUCAUCAAAUUAUGUAUACCGUAAUUUUUGAAGAUGGUUCUCAACUUGCCUUAAAACGUAAUGAUAUAUAUAGUUUACAAGAAGAUAUGCCAAAAAGGGUACGCUCACGUUUGUCCGUUGCCACAGAAAUGAAGCACAGGUAUCAUCUUUACGGCAUAGAGGAUGAGUCAAACGCGCAAAGGCACGCGAAACAAGUGAAAAAUUGUGAUUAAGGCACCAAUGUGUAUACUACCAUAAUGUAAAUAACCGAUAGAUACAAUAAUGUUUCAUCUCGUUUCUGUAAAUAUUAAAUUAAAAUAGUAUCUGUAUGAUUCAGGAUCCGUUCCAGAUCCCGGGGCAAUCUCAUAAUUGUCAUAUAAUCUGAUUAUAGGGAAAUUAUCUCCAUUAUUUAAGAAAAAUUAUAAGAACACAGUUUUAUACCGAAAAAAGGGAAAAGUUGAUACAAAAUUUAUAUUAACAUUUACAAUAAAAUGCGAUCUCUCACUAAGGUGCAUGUUACGAUGGCAAUGAUGAAUAUUUAGAUUUUCCUUUUUAUUAUUCGUAUUUUAUACUUUGACAAAUUAUUAGAAUUGAUUUAAGAAUUGUUUGUGAAAAUGAGAAAGAAAGCCCCAAGAGUUUAUGGAUGAUCGGUGUGUGGAAGCGUGUGCACUUG